CUCAGAACAAAAUAACCUCUUUCCAAUUCCAAACACCUUAAACCAUGAAUUACAAUCUUAACCUUAAACUCAUUUUAAUCAUUCCUUUGUUAUUAGGCUUGGUCCGACCCGAUCCGGAACCACUUCAAGAUUAUUGCAUUGCCGACACAACGGCCCAACACUCUCUCUUCAUGAAUGGGCAACCUUGCUUGAAUCCGGAACUAGCAAGCCCAACCCACUUUUCAACCUCGGCUUUAUCAAAACCCGGUAACACAAGCGGGAACGCCUAUGGAUUUAGUGUGAUCCUUACCACUAACCAAAACCUCCCGGGUCACCGUACCCAAGGCCUAUCCAUGGCCCGAGUUGAUAUCGCCCCUGAUGGGCUGGUCCCACCGCACGCCCACCCACGGGCGUCGGAGGUGACCACUUGCAUCAAGGGGGAUAUCUUAGUGGGCUUUGUCGACACUACGAAUACGAUGUAUACACAACGAUUGAGGCCCGGUGAGUCAUUUGUUUUCCCAAAGGGGCUGAUCCAUUUUCUUUACAAUGUGGAUCAAAGAAGCCCAGCAUUGGCUAUUUCUGGGCUUAGUAGUGAAAACCCAGGAACCCAAGUGGUUCCAAUUGCUACGUUUACUUCUAAGCCAACUAUGCCAGAUAUAGUGUUGGAAAAGGCUUUUAAAAUUGAUGGACAAGAAGUGGCUCGAAUCAGAAAUCACCUCAAAGGUUAAUCACAAUUCGUGUAAUUAAUUUGUAUAAUUAAUUAUCUCAUGUAAUUAAUUACUCAAUUAAAUAUAUUUUGAGAGGUUUGAUUUUUCCUUUGCU